AUGCUAAGCAGUCUAGGGUUUAAGACAGGUAUAAGGGCGACGUAUAAUGUACUGGACAAUCCUACAUUUGUGUCUGAACCAUGGACCAUAUAUCCUGCAAAGCACAAGAGUUCUGGGCGAAUAGUUUCGGUAUUCAUUUUUGACAAGACUAGAUUUGAAGGUCAGGUUAGUAGGCUAUGUUCUACUUCUUCCAAUACGAAAAGCCCCAAGAAUAUUGUCAAGGAGUGUUACGAGUUGAUCAAGCUCGAAGUUAACCAAUUGAGCAAGCUCAAGCAUCCGCAAAUAUUGACAAUUAUAGAGGUUUUAGAGGAAACGAGGUCAAAGUUUUUAUUUGUAAGCGAGUCCAUUGGAAACAAUUUAAUAACGGUGAAUGCGAAAGAUUUGGAUCUGUUGUCGAUACAAAAGGGCUUGUUGCAAAUUGCCAAGGGGCUACAGUUUUUACAUACUCAAGGAAACAUUAUUCAUUUGAAUAUACAGCCAUCGUCAAUAUUUAUAAAUAACCAAGGGGAUUGGAAAUUAGCAGGAUUUGCAUUUUUGCAAAACUUGAAUGAAUUGUCACCUCAAGAGAGGGACAAUUUCUAUAUCAUGAACAAUUCCUCUGUUGUUCCAUUUGCUAAUUUGAAUUUAAACUUUACUGCUCCUGAAUUGAUCAUUGAUUCUCAAACGAAGCUAGAUUUUGCAAAUGACAUUUGGUCAUUUGGAAUGUUGAUCUUUUAUUUAUACAAUUAUCCAGAUAUGUUGAUUAACCUGUUUGAUGCAAAUAGCAUCCAGGACUAUAAGCAGGAAUUUCGUAAAUUUGAACAAAAGUUUUUCAACCACAAUCCCACUGAACUUCAAUACAUAUUAAAGAAAGUACCCGAGAAAUUGUAUUCUUUAUUCCCGCGGUUGUUGGCAAGAUACCCGUAUGAUAGACUCACUUUGGAUCAGUUUAUUGACUCCGAUUUCUUUAAUGGAAGCGUUAUCAAAGCUAUGUGGUUUAUUGAUGAAUUUUCCACCAAGUCAAUACACGAGAAACUAGUCUUUUUGAAAGGGUUACUCGAAUUUGACCCUGAAACUCAAACAGAUUUGAUAAGCCAGUUUCCUGUUACAUUUAGAACGCUGAAGUUGUUACCGUUACUUAUUGGAGUAGUGAUCAACGAACUAACUGUGCUUGAUGACACGACCCCAAUCGAUCCAAAUGUAGAUGAUCUAAUAAGUAACUCUUUGGAAAUAAUUAUGCUCAUUUCCAAAGGUUUGUCAGGGUUAACUUUCCAGGAUAGGGUUUAUAAUGUACUUUUCAAAGACAAUACAACUUUCCUGGAGAAAGUGUAUGAUGCCGUUUUCAAAGAAGAGGCCAAGAGCAAGAAACAUACAAAGACUUUUACGAAGUUGAUCAAUGCUUCAGUGAAAACGAGGCUUACAUUAGUCAACAAUUUGCCAGUCUUGCAAGAAAAGACCAACUCUAAACAGUUUGUUGGCUUCAUAAAAAGCAUAUUGGAUUUGGUAUUUACAUUAGGAGCUAAGGAACAAGAUCAAAAACAUGUUCAAAUUAUUCUUCAAGAGAAAUUUUUAGACUACAUGCCAAAAUUUGUUGAAAUGAUUGAAUUUCCUUAUAUGAAGAACAAGAUGUUUCCAUUGUUAUGCAAGAUAUUCCUGUCUACGAGUGUUUACUCGACAAAGUUAAAAAUAUUGGAUACAUUUCAGGAAUUUUGUGACAAGAAGGUGAUUGACAAAAUUAUUAUUGACGAGCAGUUGCUUCCUAUGACGAAGGGUAUUGAGGAUAGAAAUAAGGAGAUGGUUUGUAAAUUGAUUACAUUUCUUUCCAAGGUGGUUAUUAGCGAGCAUAUUAAUCUAGAUAUGAAGACUUCGGUUGAGUCGAUAUUACCACAAUGUUUUGCAUUUGCAUUUGGGUGCAACGAUUGUGAUGAGAAGGAAUUCAAACUGUAUAUGAAAAGCAUUAAUAAUGUUCAACAACAUUUGGUUGAUAAAAAACUACAGCAAUUACCGAAAUAUAGUAAUGGUGGUGGUGGUGGUGCUGCUAGGAGCAACAAAGAUGAUUCUACUACUGUAGCUCCCAACUUUGAAACCUUGCUACAAAACCAAAGAAUAAAAGAGCCAGAGAAGGAAAUUUCUGGACCAAAAACAAAAGCGAUUCAACCAAACAAGAAAUUACUGUCAGCAUCCCUGAUUGGUAAACGCUCUGUAUCCAAUCCUACAAAUGCUUUAAAUGCGACUCCCUUGAGACCAAUGGAACCAAGGAGAAAAUUUACCACCACAACAGUACGCAAUGGAAGUAGUAGUAGUAGUAGCAGCAGCAGCAAUACCACCACCUCAAAUAAACCCUUUCCAAAUCUAACCUUUGGCGCUACCAAUCAAGCAUCAAACUCAAGCAAUGCUAAACUUUUCGACUCAUUAAAGAGUACAUACGAGAGGCAAAAGCAAGAAGAAGAAGAAGGAGAGGACGACGAUUUUGACGAUUUUUUACUGGCUGAUCAAACUUUGUCACAUAAAGAUACAAGUAAGGUGAAGAAUGAAGGUAAGAUUAAUUGGAUGAGUGAAGUGAAUAAGAUGAAAACGCUACCAAACACACCACAGCCAAAUGCAGCACCUAAGAGCAUUAAGAAUAAGUAUCCACCUGGAUUUGACUCGAAUGCAAUAUUAUCACCAAAAUCUUCAAUGCCUAUUCGGGCAGUAUCGACCACGAUAUUACCAACAUCUAAUCAAAAUAAAAGCGAAAAAAUCAAUCCAGCCUUGUUGGAUUUAUUAUAG